GGCGGAGUCUGCAGCACGGCGCGUGUGAGUUGCUGCUUUACGGGGCAGCCGCAGGCAGAAGUUGUGAGUUUGCAGAUCCGAGUAGCUGAAUGGCAUAAGCGCUGUAGAAGGCAGGGAAUUGAAUGUGGAUUUCUGAAUUUUAGUUCUCAGGCAAAUGAUGGUAUGGCUUGUCUUUUCCGAAGGUCUAUAGCAGCUCAGCUUUCCAGAAUUCUGGGGACAUCUACAGAGAAGCUUAUUCCCAUGGUGUCAGCUGUUCCUGUCUCCAAGAAACAGCAGACCCUAGAUUUUCGGGUAUCGGUGAGCUCUCUGCUGGUGGACGGCUGUUUAAAAUUUGGAUCAACAGUCCAGAGUCAAGCAAAGCAAUUGUCUGCACAGUUAACUUGUGAUGAUGUGGUUACUGAGAUUGCUGUUGGGAAAGGAACCAUUAAUUUCAAAGUGAACCGAUCUUUACUUGCUGAGAUUGUAAUGCAAGAAAUUUCUAAGAAGGGUUCAAAAUAUGGAAUAGAGAGUGAACUCUUCCAAGGUUACCCCUGUGGGCGAGUUAUAGUGGAAUUUAGUUCACCAAAUAUUGCAAAAAAAUUUCAUGCCGGACACUUGCGUUCAACAAUUAUAGGUAACUUCAUAGCUAACCUAAAGCAAGCUUUGGGAAAUGAUGUGAUCAGGAUCAACUACCUUGGAGACUGGGGAAUGCAGUUUGGAUUGCUAGGAGCAGGAUUUCAACUGUUUGGCUCAGAAGUGAAACUGAAAGCAAAUCCAUUACAGCAUCUUUUUGAAGUUUAUGUUGAAGCAAACAAAAUGGCAGAGAACAAUGAAGAUAUUCAGAAAGCAGCACAAGUAUUCUUCAAGAAACUGGAGGGAGGGGACAAACACACCUUGUCGUUGUGGGAACAGUUCAGAUCCAUAAGCAUUGAAGAAUACGAAAAAAUUUAUCAGCGGCUUGGUGUGCAUUUUGAUGAGUACUCUGGAGAAUCAUUGUACCAAGAUAAAGCACAGGAGGUUCUAUGGCUGAUGGAUCAGAAAGGACUGCUCAAGAAAACAAAGCAAGGAACUGGAGUGGUUGAUCUUUCAGCAAAUGAUGAUCUCUCUGUUUAUGCCAAAAUGGUUCGUUGUGAUGGGACGUCCCUCUACUUGACCAGAGAUGUUGCGGCUGCUGUAGAUCGAAUGAAGGAAUACAAUUUUGACCAAAUGAUUUAUGUGACAGAUAAACAACAGUGUACUCAUUUUCAGCAACUGUUUGAAAUACUGAAAAUCAUGGGCUACAACUGGACUGAACGCUGUCAGCAUGUUCCCUUCGGGUUAGUUAAGGGGAUGAAGACCCGAAAAGGAGAUGUCGUCUUUCUCGAAGAUGUUCUAAAUGAAGCCCGCCUCAGAAUGUUGCAAAACAUGGCUGCCUCAAGGACAACAAAAGAACUAGAGGACCCUGAAGAUACAGCUGAAAAAGUGGGUGUGGCUGCACUUAUUAUUCAGGACUUCAAAGGUCCCCUUUUGUCUGAUUAUGAAUUCGACUGGGAUCGUGUCUUACAGAGCCAGGGAGAUACCGGAGUGUUCCUACAAUACACUCAUGCAAGGCUGUGUAGUUUGCAGAGAACAUGUCAAAAUGAUGUACAGGCGCAGUUCAACCCAGCUUAUUUACAAGAUCCUCAGGCAAUUACUUUACUACAGCAUCUCCUCAGGUACGAUGAAGUUCUGUACCAAGUUUCAGAGGACCUCCAACCUAAACAUCUUGUUAACUACCUGAUAAUGUUGAGCCGUCUUGCUUCUAUAGCUCAUAGGACUCUGCACGUUAAGGGCAGCUUACCUAAAGUAGCAACGGCAAGAUUUCUACUUUUCAAGGGAACUGCUUCUGUACUAGCCAAUGGAAUGAAGCUGCUUGGUAUAACUCCAGUGGAGAAGAUGUGAUGAAACACUUGCUUUUAUAUUCUAGCCAAUUUAAUGACUCUACUCAACAUAACUUAAGUAAAGAUAUGAUUAAGCACACAAAAGCUGAUUAAACCCAAAGUAAACUUUGUUUUUAUCUGAGUACCCACAAGGAAGAAGGAAAAACAAGAUGGAAGACUGAAACUGCCCUUGUACAACAUGCAGCAGAGAGCAGUUGUCCCUAUAACUCAGCUCCGUGCAGUGCGUGGCCCACGGUCCAGAAGGGAGAAAAAUGAAGAGCAGAGAAUAACCUGCCUGGUUUCAGACAGCCUAUUUCACAGAACCAGGAUCAUAAUAAAUAGGAGCAAGUGCAGGCAUUUCGGCCCAUCAAGCCCACUCUGCCAUUUAGUAAGGUCAUGACUCAUCUGAUUGUGGCCUUAACAGCGCUGUCUCGCCUGUUCCCCAUAACC